AUGUUGGGCAAGAUCGUUCUCGAGGAAGCCUAUGAGCGCGCCGGCAAGGAGGAAAAGUCCAAGGCCGAAGCUGCCUUGUACAUUGCCCCCGAGGACCGCGCUCGCUACAUGCGCCAAAUUCACGACAUCAACGAUGAGCGUGUCCGUCUGUCCAACGCCCACGGCAUUGGCUACACCAUCGUCUCCCUGACUGUUCCUGGUAUACAGGGUAUUUCCGACAAGGCCCUGGCCGAGAAGACUGCCACUGAGACCAACAACUGGGCCGCCGACCAGAUCAAGAACAACUGCGACCGCAUGGGUGCUUUCGCCUGUCUGUCCAUGCACGACCCCAAGCAAGCUGGCCAGGAGCUGCGUCGCUGUGUCCAAGAGCUUGGAUUUCAUGGUGCUCUCCUUUGUGACUUUCAGCACUCUGGUUCCAACGGCGAGACUUACCUCUAUUACGACCAGCCCGCCUAUGACGAGUUCUGGAAGGUCCUGACCGAACUCGAUGUCCCCUUAUAUAUCCACCCCGCUGCUCCUUCCGAUGUUGUCCUUGAGAAGUUGUACGCCCAGCGCCAGAACUUAAUCGGACCCCCUCUGUCCUUCGCCAACGGUGUCAGCCUGCACACCCUCGGCUUGAUCUCCAAUGGUGUGUUCGACCGGUUCCCUACCGCCAAGGUCAUCAUUGGUCACCAGGGCGAACACAUUCCAUUUGACUUCUGGCGUAUCAACCACUGGUUCGAAGAUGUCAAGCGUCCCAUCGCUAACGAGGAAGGCCGGGUGAUGGCCAAGAAGACCAUUUACGAUUACUUCAAGCAAAACAUCUGGAUCACUACCAGUGGUCACUUCUCCACUGCUACCUUGAAGUAUGUGGUCAACGAGAUUGGUACCGAUCGCGUUCUCUUCAGUGUAGACUACCCCUAUGAGACCAUUGAGAACGGCUGUGGCUGGUGGGACAAUGACGCCAAGGCCAUUCAGGAAGCCGUUGGUGGUGUUGAUGCCUACCGCCACAUUGGUCGUGACAAUGCGAAGAAGUUGCUCAAGCUGGGCUCUUUCCACGACUCCGAGGCCCCUGUCAACUAA